AUGCCAGAGGAUAAUUUUGAGGAUGCAGUAACUACAGUUCAAGUGGCCCGACUCGCCGUCAAGGCACCACCAUUUUGGAAGCCCGACCCUCGCCUCUGGUUUGCACAGGUGGAGGCGCAAUUCGUGCGCUCUGGGAUCUCCACUGACGAAACCAAAUUUUAUGCAAUCGUUGCGGAAGUCGAUUCAGCAAUUCUCGCACAUGCCACUGACAUAAUUUCGGCGCAGCCGGCUACGAACAAAUACAAUACAUUAAAGGAGAGGUUGAUUGACGAGUUCGGGGAGUCGACAGAAAGGCGUCUCAAACGAUUAUUCGAGACGUGUGAGCUAAAUGACAGGAAGCCUACAACUCUACUACGUGAAAUGAAAGAGUUGGCCAACCACCGCCUCGAUAAACAGAUUCUUAAAUCUUUGUGGAUGCGUCGCUUACCGGUACACGUACAACAAAUUUUAGCCACGCUAAACGACGACGUCGAAAUUUUGGCCCAAAAAGCUGACGACAUUUUGGAUAUUUCACCGGGGGACAAAUUAAGCACAAUCGAUACAGAGGACACGCGGGCAACUUUAGCAGACCUCGUGAGCAGUUUGAUCGCAUUGAAAGUUAGAAUCAAUGUAAUGUUGAUCGUAUCGGUUAUGGUGGGCAUCAAAAGGCUCCACCCUCGCGAUCAACUCCAAUCUAAUAUUUGUUGGUACCAUCAAGCAUUUGGUGAACAAGCGAAUAAAUGUCGACCGCCCUGUGCAUAUGUGAGACCGCGUUCGGAAAACUAG